ACUUCGAGGAUACCUUGACGUUUUACGUUGAUUACAAUGGCGCGUACGAAGCAGACCGCUCGCAAAUCGACAGGAGGAAAAGCUCCUCGCAAACAGCUCGCUACUAAAGCGGCGAGGAAGAGCGCUCCAGCUACCGGUGGCGUGAAGAAGCCUCAUCGUUAUAGGCCUGGUACUGUGGCCCUUCGUGAAAUCCGUCGUUAUCAAAAAAGUACGGAAUUGUUGAUACGUAAAUUGCCGUUCCAGCGACUCGUUCGCGAGAUCGCUCAAGACUUUAAGACUGAUUUACGUUUCCAAAGUUCUGCCGUAAUGGCACUCCAAGAGGCUAGCGAAGCAUAUCUCGUAGGAUUGUUCGAAGAUACCAACUUGUGCGCUAUUCAUGCUAAACGAGUCACCAUCAUGCCUAAAGAUAUCCAAUUGGCACGUCGCAUUCGUGGCGAGCGAGCUUGAACAAAUUAUAAACAAUCGGCCCUUUUCAGGGCCAACAAUUUUUUUCGAAAGAACAUCCUGUUAGCAAUGCACUAUUAAUAUAAUGAACUUAGAGCUAAAUAUAUUAAUACUUUAUUCUUAAUUUAAAUCGUUUUAGAUGUGAUGGAUUUAUAAUCUUCAGAAUAAUGU